AUGAGAAAGGGAGCCAGGGAUUCACGAGUUACUGGAGCCAUUUUCUUAAAAGUUGUAUUUGUUGCAGAGUGUCGGCGUCGAAGGCGAGAAGCAAAGGCAGAAUGCCGAAGAAGAAUUCUUGCGUUUUUUUGUGACCAACGCGACGGUCGCGCCAGAAAGGAAUACACCUGCGUGGCACCUAGUCGAGACAAGCGAAAACCUGACGAGACACCGAAAAUUCAAACAUCAUCGGAUGAAAAGCCUAUGGUGCUAUCGCCGGCAGGCCCGAAAUACAACACCGCUAACUCGGCGCGAGUAGUCGAUAGCGAGCAAGAGGCUGUGUAUCAUAAUUUGAUCCAGCCAGUCAAGUGUUUUUACUUUCGAGCGAUCUCUCACCGAGUGCCCUUUUGUCUCGGAGCCAUGCUUCGAACUGGCGGAAAGCUUCUUUUGGCGGGACGACCUUCUCUACAAAUUACGCCAAGCAACCAUCUCGGCGUCCGAUUCUACAGCCGAACUAGCACGCGCCCGGAGGAGGAAGCGGCAGCGACCAAGAAAACAUCGCGAGAAGAGAAGCUGCACAACAAACUUGCCGCGCGUGAAUACAAUGAGCGAAACGCUUCUUACAAGCGCCAAGUUUCGCUGCUUCGAAGCAGCUAUGCCGGGGAAGUUGCCCAACAACGGGCCGCGGACAAAGCCGAGCAAGAAGCCUUGGAACGCGAGCUAACCCGUCGUCGUUUAGAACGACAGAGACAAAAGAACAUACGCUCGGCCCAGAAUGCACUGCGCCAGCAGGAACUAUGUGAACAGCGGGAAAAAGAAUUCAACGAACAUCUCGGACUAAUGCAACAGCAAAGAGAUGCCAAGCAUGAGCGCUUUUCGGCUGCUCGCCAGUUCGUUAUUGAUGAAUUGGAAGAAGAGGCUCCUUUGUGGCUGACAAGCCCGGAGGAGGUGGAAGCGCGUUUCACACCGGAGGCUACGCAGUUGCUGUGGGCUAGACCAGGAGGAGUUUUAGGGGCACCAAAUCCCAGUAUCGACUCUCACUUUUGGCAAUAUGAAACUCACACUUGGCAUAUGAAUCGAACAUACAAGUCUCAGCGUGCAGCUCUCCUCGAAGAGUUGGAAGAGAUGGCGUACGAAGAAGCGAACGUUGACGCUAAGUUCUGGACGCCCGAGCGAGUGGAAGAACAAGUGCAGUUAGAAGAGAAGGCGCGACUGCGCGCCAUGGUUCAUUCUACCGGUCGCACAGAGCUCCUGAAGAAGCAGCGGGCGAUGCUCGACGAAGAAAACACGAUCAGCGAAGGGGAAAUUCCCAAACCUGAGGCUGUGCCCAGCAUGAGAGUUCUGAAUGACGACAUGGCCUUGGAAAAAGAAGGGGCGCGGCUUCUUAUGGAAGACCCUACACGCUUUUUCUUGUUCGACAAGGACGCGUCGGUGCCAGGAGAAGAAAAGAGCGGCGAGGGCAAAUAUUCAGGUCCCACUCUUGGGUCGCCUAUCGGUUUGAGGGAUACUCUGCGCGAAACUUUCAUCACUGUCUUUCCCGAACCCGUCGGAAAAUUCCCCAGACCUGAUACGAGGACGGAACGUGAAAAGAAGCAGGAAGAACGAGAAGCUCGGCUGCUGGCCGCAGCGCAAGCCGAAUCUAAAUCCGCCGAAACGGAUGUUGAAAUGGCUGCGGAAGAUCGCUCGCUGGAAGAGAUGGGUCCUGAUUUAGAUUACGAUAAUAUGAAGUUGAAUAAUGGUGACGAAGAAUGGGAAAAGGGCUUGGAUCCCGUCGCCGAUCGCGACAUCAUCAACACCCCUUACGAUCGUCGAUACUCGGAAGAUGACAUCGAUUGGGUACUCGAACGUCUAGAAGGUAAUGUAGAGCAUUUUGAACAGCAAUUCAGCCAGGAAAUGCUAAGCUUACAGCAGAAGACUAAAGCCGCGCUUGAAAUGGAAGCAAAGCAGAAUGACGGUGAAAAAUCUGAACUAGAACCGACUAGUCUUGAAGCUGCUCUAUUGUCGCUUUCUGAUAAAGAAUUGAUGGCAUUGGCAGAUCUUGACCAGCGCUUUGCUGAUGGUGAAAAGUUUACUGAUGAAGAAUUUUCGGAAGCCGCGAAAGAUAUCUCAGGUCUCACCGAGGAUCAGCUAAGGGUAGCCAUGACCCGCGACCGAACAAUCUAGGACAGGGACUUACGAUUAAAUGACUGCCUUUCUCGAUCGGAUACCCAAUAAAGAUCUUUUUAUGCAGGAGGGU